AUGGCACCUGCGACAAUAACAACAGCAUCUGGUGCAUCUUGGCAAGAGGUCGCCAAAGAUAGACAGAGAUAUCGAGAUGAGACUAUCGCAGCUAUCGAGCCACCUAUCCCAGAUGUCUCGGAUAUUCCAUUGAAUACAUUAUCAGUUGCGAGAAGAGUACUUACAUCCGAGGAGAUUAAAAUCACAGAAGCUACCGUCGAAAGUCUAGUGGCUAAACUUGCAAAAGGAGAAUUAAGUUCAACCGAGGUUGCGAAAGCAUUCUUGAGAAGAGCUGGGUUGGCCCAAAAAGUGACUAAUUGUAUCACCGAAUUACUUCCCGAGCGAGCACUUUCUCGUGCAAAAUACCUCGACGAAUAUUUGAAAACCAAUGGGAAGACUAUCGGCCCUCUUCACGGUAUACCGAUAAGCGUAAAAGAACAUAUUGGCAUCAAAGACCUGGACCAUAAUGCGGGCUUCGUUGCUUGGGUUGGCAAAACAAGUCCAGUUGAUUCCCAUAUUUUAGAAAUUCUGUUGAAUGCAGGUGCUAUAUUAUACGCUAGGACUACACAACCUCAAACUUUGAUGCAUUUAGAGACAAGUAAUAAUAUAUAUGGAGUGACUGUAAACCCAUUCAAUACUACUUUGACUUGUGGUGGCUCUUCGGGUGGUGAGGGGGCGUUGGUUGGAUUUAGGGGUUCGUGUCUUGGUAUCGGUACUGAUAUUGGUGGCUCGAUCCGUUCACCGGCAGCCAAUAAUGGUGUAUAUGGCAUGAAGCCAACAGCUCGUCGCUUACCAGUAGAUGGAUGGACUGCAACUAUGGCUGGUGCCGAGCACAUCGUUCCCACGAUCGGACCAUUAUCAACAAGCUUAGAUGGCUGUAAAGUCUUCAUGAAAGCACUCAUUGAUGCAAAACCAUGGUACAAAGAACCAUCUCUUUUACCCUUUCCUUGGCGAGAAGAGAAUUUCUUUCCGGGCAAAAAAAUAAAAGUUGCGAUUUUAUGGGAUGAUGGGGUUGUUAAACCACAUCCCCCGGUUACAAGAGCCUUAAAGCAAGUCGUGGGCAAGCUUAAGACGAAUACAAGUAUAGAAGUGGUUGAGUGGAAGCCGUAUAAGCAUGAUCUAGCUUGGGAGAUAAUUGCCAAUUUAUAUUUUUCCGAUGGUGGAUCACAGGAACUCGAUGCGCUAAAGGAAUCUGGAGAGCCCCUUCGACCCCUCACUGAGCACAUCAUUACUCAAAACAAGCAUCUACAAUCUCAUAGUAUCGCAUCGAUGUGGAAUUCUCAAGUUCAACGGGAUAUGUAUCGCACCGAGUAUGCAAAUAUUUGGAACGAAACAGCGACUUCAAAAGGUGCAAAUGGUGAGCUGGAAGGAAUGGUGGACGUCAUACUGUCUCCAGUUGGACCAGGGAGUGCACCAAAACUAGACACCAGUAAAUGGUGGGGCUACACUUCGCAGUGGAAUCUGUUAGAUUAUCCUGCUUUAGUCUUUCCAGUUGACAAGGUUGAUGUGGAAAAGGAUAGUACCCAAGAGACGUACACUCCAAGAAACGACAAGGACAAAUACAAUUGGGAUCUAUGGGAACAACAUGGGGCUGAAGGUUAUAAAGACGCACCUAUAAGCUUACAGUUGAUAGGAAGACGAUUUGAAGAUGAGAAGGUCAUUCAGGCUUUGGAGAUCAUUCAAGAGCAAACUGGAUUACCAUUUGUUGAAUACAUCUGA